GCGUUGCGGACCAGUUGAUAAACAAUCAUGGCGGACUGUGAAGGUGGAUCCCCUGUGUAUUUUGCAAUUAGCAAUAUUCCUGUAGCCUUUCGCUCAGCGGACCUGAGAAAUUAUUUCAGUCAGUUCAUAGAAAGCGGCGGGUUUCAGUGUUUCCACUACCGCCAUCGGCCCGAGGCUCUCAGAGAGUUCGAGAGCACAGUGUGCGGCGACACGGAGGAGGGCAACCCCAACUCCUCGCAGACGGACCGGCUCACAAAAACCGGCUCGGCGAAGAGGCGGGCGGUGAGGUCGUGCUGUUGUGUCGUCUCGGUUCACGGCGAAGAAGCGGACAGGUUCGUCCGGAUGUACAGGGGGAAUCACUGGAUUGACUCGAAGGGGACCUGGCUGGCCAGGCGGUGCGUUAUCAAAAGAGUCAAAGUUUCACAAGACAGAGAUGAUGGAUCAUUCCCCUAUAAAACAAAGUACGAGCAGCGGCACCAUGUUUCGUUAACAGAGCGUUUCACAGAGGCUGACCUCAAAAGCUUAUCCGAGCUGAAUCCACCCGCUCUGAUGCAGAAUGGGAAUGUGGGCACACCGGUGAAAGUGUUCCUCCAGCUCAUCCAGUCCUGCCGACUGCCUCCGCGCCUCAUCCGGAAGUUAGGCCUCACUUUCCCCAAGACCAGCUCCAACCGCCGUUACGGAAACGUACCUUUCCAGUAUAAGAACACUCGCACUCUUCCAGCCACAGAAGAAACUGUAUUAACUGCUGCUGGACAUGAAAUAUCAGGACCAGCCACUUUGGUUAAUCCAUCCUCUGAAUCGAGGCAGCUGGCUGAUAGCGCAGAAACAACAGAGACUGAUGAGCCACAGAAAGAGGAGGAGGAGGAUGCACAGUCAAACGCAGAUGAUGAUGAUGACUACUGUGAGGAGUGGGAGCGCCACGAGGCUUUACAUGAUGACAUAACAAGCCAGGAGCGAAGCAAAGAGAGGCUGUAUGAAGAGGAGAUUGAGUUGAAGUGGGAAAAGGGCGGCUCAGGCUUGGUGUUUUACACCGAUGCCCAGUACUGGCAAGAAGAAGAAGGAGAUUUUGAUGAACAAACUGCAGAUGACUGGGAUGUUGACAUGAGCGUUUACUAUGAUAAAGAUGGAGGUGACAUGGAUGCCCGUGACUACGUCCGAAUGCGGUAUGAAAAGAGGCUGAGGGAGGGUCUUGAAGAUGGAUCUAGACCCAGCCAAUCUAUCGGCAGCUUUGAGAGGUUCACUAAGGGCGUUGGCCGUCGUGUGAUGGAGAAGCAAGGCUGGAAGGAUGGCCAAGGGUUGGGGAACAGUCGAACUGGAAUCCCUGAAGCCCUGGAGAAUGAGGGCCAACAUCCUAACUGCAAAAGGGGCUUUGGGUACCAUGGAGAGAAAUUGAUCUUAAAUCCUGGGAAAAAGUCCAGAACAGAUUUCCAUGUAACUACAGUGUAUGAUAAACCCAAAGACAUAGAUGGAGGGGACACCCUGCUGAGACGCCAACCAAACACAAAUAUGAAGUACAGAGGCUGGCAGCCAGGUGGCAGCAUUGGACCACACAGAAGACUUUAAAUAAAUUAUUAUCUUGUAUCUGUAUAGAUAUAUAUUGUCUGUCUGGCUUUGAUAUUAAAACGUUUUUCAAAC